AUGAAGCCGAAAGCGAAUCCGAGUGCCCACGCCAGCUUACCAAGACUGGUCCUACUGAUCACGCUGGCCGCCGCCGUAGCUGGUGACCUGUUCUCGAAGGCCACCAGGAGUAAGGCCGACGAGAAGAAUUUGAGGAACAGCGUUUUCGACUUUAUAAUAAUCGGCGGAGGCACAUCCGGUUGCGUGUUAGCGAAUCGGCUGUCGGCGGUACCGGAAUGGAAGGUACUGUUGCUGGAGGCCGGCGAUGAGGAGAACAUAGACUUCGACAUACCAGGCGUCCCGACCAACAACCAUCGGCCAAUCCUGUGGAAUUACAGGACCGAGAGGAAUGGGUUCUCUUGCCUGUCCAGGCCCGGCGGGGCCUGUGAAGUGAGGACCGGCAAGGUCUUAGGGGGCUCCAGCGUCACCAACGACAUGAAGUACACGAGAGGUCAUAAGAAGGACUAUGACGAGUGGCACAGCACCGGUGAAAUGGGCUCCCUUGAUUGGAAAUUCGAAAAUUUGCUGGAACACUUCAAGACUUCCGAGGACAAUGGCGACUACGACGUAUUAAUGAAUUCCCUGUACCAUUCCCGCGGCGGAGAAAUGCGCGUGCAGAGGUUCAAGCACGCCGAUCGCUUCGUGGAAAUGUUCUCCGCCGCGUUCGGGGAAAUGGGCCUUCGCGCGUUGGACAUAAACACCAAUAUCCCGGAGGCGAUAGUCGUCAAUCAAUUCACGAUAUUCAAUCACACCCGCCUCAGCACCAACAGCGCUUUCCUGAAGCCCGUUAGACAUAGGAAAAACCUGGUGGUGAUAACCGGUGUGACCGUCACAAGGAUCGUUAUAAACAAACAGGAGAACAGCGUCGAAGGAGUCGUUUACGAGAGCGAGAAGGGCAAGGAGCAUCCAGCGUUCGCUAAACGUGAAAUAAUAUUAGCCGGAGGUGCUGUUAACAAUGUGCGGUUACUACACCUAUCUGGCAUCGGACCCAAGGCUGAGUUGAGGAAACAUAACAUAACUCUUCUUCACGAGCUUCCCGUGGGUUCACACUAUCAAGACCAGGUCACCACAGGAGGUCUCGCAUUCGCAAUAAACGACGUCGCUCCGGUGAAUGAGGACGUGAUUAUUAAAGAUUUUAAAACGUGGUUCCAAUCUCGCAGUGGACCCUUAGCGUCUAGAGGGAUUAACCAGCUGUCAGCUUUUCUGCAACUAUACGAGAACAAUAAUAAUGCACCUGAUGUAGAGUUUUCUUUCGAAGGCAACUUUGUAAGAAGCGACAAGUUUCUUUUGACAAAUGUAAGUGUACACGCGAUAGAAGAAUACAACGCACCGUUGCCUUAUUAUAACAUGAUAAUUAUUUAUCCGGUGUUGCUAAAGCCUAAAAGUAAAGGAAAAGUAACUUUAAACAAGAGAAACCCAAAAUACGGAAGACCAGUAAUACAAGCUAACUUUUUGAAAGAACCUGAGGACCUCGAUACAUUGGUCGAUAGCAUCGACAUUGCCCUACAGUUACUAGAUACAAAGGAGUUGAAAAAGGCUGACAUUAGAUUUGCCCCAAUAGAUUUGUUUCCAUGUGAUAAAUUAAGGAACAGAGAUCAAUGGAAUUGCAUUGCAAGGCAUUAUACUAAGGCUAUGAAUAAUCCGAUCGGUACUUGUCGUAUGGGUGGUAAUAGCACAAAUUCAGUAGUCAAUUACCAAUUGAGGGUUCACGGUAUUGAAGGUUUACGGAUAAUUGAUGCUUCCGUGAUGCCAACGCACGUGCGUGGCGGCAUCUACGCUCCAACAGUCAUGAUCGCAGAGAAGGGUGCUAAAUUAAUCAAAAAUGACUGGAAGGAGAAUAAAGGACAAUAUAACAAUAGAAGG